AACAUUCCGCUCGGCUAUAGGGCAUGAGAAGUAAUCAAAAUUCAAGAAAUAAAGUUCAAAUGUGUUACAAAAAUAAAAAUUUUCUUCCUGUUUCUAUGAGGCUCCAACCAUGAUGCUGAAUAGAAUUUAAAUGAGUGAAAUACUACCAAUGCAGGAACCAGUAUGCAUUUCAGAUUUUGAAAAAUACGCCGAAAAAUUUCUUCCAAAGAAUGCUUGGGAUUAUUUUAGCGCGGGGGCAAACGCUUGUGUCUCUUUGAAAGAAAAUAGACGAGCUUUUGACAGGUUGAGAAUACGGCCGCGUAUUUUGAGAGAUGUCUCCUCAAUCAACAUGUCUACCACUAUUCUUGGAGAGAAAAUUGAUUUCCCAAUAUGUGUUGCACCAACGGCAAUGCAAAAAAUGGCUCAUUCAGAUGGUGAAGUUGCCACUACAAAGGCUGCUGCUACAUUAAAAACAUGUAUGAUUCUUAGCACAUGGUCUACAUCUUCUAUGGAAGAUGUUGGGAAUGCUUCUUCUGGAUUAAAGUGGUUUCAGUUGUUUGUUUGCAAAGAUCAAUCUGUUACUGUGGAUUUGAUUGAAAGAGCAGUAGCAGCUGGAUUUAAGGCAAUUGUAGUGACAGUUGACACUCCAUAUCUUGGACGAAGAUAUGCUGAUGUCCGUAACCAAUUUGCCCUACCCUCACAUUUAGAGUUAGGCAAUUAUACCAAGAAAUAUGCUACUGCAAUAAAAAGUGACAAAGAUUCUGGUCGGGCAUCUUUUGAGGCAACAUUGUACAAUUCCUCACUGACAUGGAAAAUCAUUCCUUGGUUGAAGUCUGUGACAAAAUUGCCUAUUGUCCUUAAGGGUAUUUUAACAGCAGAAGAUGCAAAGCUUGCUGUUAGUUAUGGUGUUGAUGGUAUUCUGGUGUCAAAUCAUGGAGCUAGGCAGCUUGACUUUGUACCAGCUACAGUUGAAGCAUUGCCUGAGGUUAUCUCAGCUGUAAAUGGCAAGUGUGAAGUGUAUCUAGAUGGUGGUAUACGGUAUGGUUCAGAUGUCUUCAAAUCAUUAGCCCUUGGUGCUAGAGCAGUCUUUGUUGGCAGACCAAUUGUCUGGGGUCUUGCUUAUAAGGGUGAGGCUGGUGUUGUGUCGGUUCUAAAUAUAUUGAAAGACGAGUUUCACCUGGCCAUGGGACUUGCAGGUUGUUCCAGCAUUGAUGAAAUUUCCAAGAUCAUGGUUGCACAUGAAACACAUUACUCAAAACUAUAAACAACAUAUUGAAAUAUCAUCAUAAUGUAGUGAUUUUGUCAUUUUAUGUCAUAAGUUGUGAUCAGAAAUUGAUGUAUGGAUGCGACAAAUUUAUUGUUAUUAAAAUAAAGAAAAAAGUUGAUAUGCCUGCACGGCAUACUCGUUUUCGCAAUAAA